GGAGCUCGCCUGCCAGCUCCGGCGCCGCGCCUCGCUCCGGCAGCUCGGGCCCGGGCACGGGCAGCUCACGCUCGGCAGCAGCCGAGAGGUGGAGUGCGACGGCGCCGUGGCCGUCGUGGAGCAGGGCGCGUGCACCGUCGACGGCGAGCAGAAGCGGGAGGGAGACGUCCUGGGCGAGGACGCGGUGCUGGGAAUCGAGGGCACGGUCGCCGUCGGGUGCGAGGACGGCUCGUGCCACCUGUCCCUGCUCACGCGCGAGUGCUUCUGGAGCGUGGCGGGCGUGCAGGGGCGGCUGCACGACGCCGUCAAGCAGCGCGCCCUGUCCAGGCUGCCGACCACCAGCGCCGACGACGACGAGGCCGUCCAGCGCUGCAGGGUGCUGCAGUACCUCCAGGGCACGAAGCACUUCUGGCCAGAGGUAAAGAGGAUCACCAACAAGCGCCUCUGCAGCCCUGGUGAGGAGAUCUACGGAACGCUCGCGCGCAGCAGGCC